AGGCAGCGCUGCGCAGAGCUCCUUUGCAGUACAUGUUAGCUCGCUUGGCAUUCGCCGUAUAUGCUACUGAGUGCAAGAUCUCCCACUCAGCACCUGGCUCAGCAGUAGCGAGCUGGCACUCUGCUGCAGUGCAAAAUAGACAACAAUGAGCGCCUUCGGCAUCGACUGGUUCGGCCUCGUCAUUCCCGGCCGGCCGAUCCUGGUCAACUUCGAAAUGGUCGACCCGACGAAGUGCGCCGCGACGAUCGAGCGGCCGGGCGACGUCGCCGAGAUCUGCUUCUUCCUGACGCCGAGCGGCGCGCAGCUGCCGCCGGACAAGUGCGCGGUGCUCUACCUGUCGCUCGACGGCGCGGCGUGGACGCUGCUGGGCACGCUCUCGCUCGCGAAGCCCUCGGGCCUGUUCCGGCUGCCGAGCGACGACGCGCGGGCCCGCGCGCCGGCGGCGCGGCUCGGCGUCGCGCUCGAGCCCCUGGCGAGCGCGCGGGACCUCGACAGCGCGGCCUCGCAGACGUCGGACCGGCGCCUCUUCGCGCGCGCGAUCGCGCGGGACCUCGGCGCGUUCGUCUCGUCGUUCGAGCGGCCGCCCGCGGACGUCGUGGACCGGUGGCUCCGGCGCUUCGACGAGAAGUACGCGCGCGACCCGUCGUACUUUCUCAAGGCGUAAUUUAGUAUGUGGA